AUGAAUGAAGAAGUAGGAGCAGCAGUCAUCACUUCAGUAACCACCAUGAAAUAUAAACUUCCCAGUACAUGGAGCGUGUUUACUGGAGAACUAUAUUCUAUUCUUCAAGCUCUCACUUAUAUGCAACAAACAGAUUACCCGAAAUACGUUAUAAUAACCGACUCUCUGAGCUCCAUCCAGUCCAUACAGAAAAUAUAUACCCAUCACCCCAUCGUUAAACUUAUCAAAUGUGAGCUCUUUCGAAUACAACAAAGACAAAAGCAGGUAGCUAUAGUAUGGGUUCCAUCCCAUAUCGGCAUUAGUGGGAACGAAAAAGCCGAUCAAAGUGCGAAAGAAGCUGCGCAACAAGCAGAUGCCAUGACAGAAACAAGAACAACACCCAGCGACCUCAAAGUGUUCAUAAAAAACAAAGUGCUUGAUACGUGGCAAUAA